CUCGUGCCUUUUUUUUUUUGGGCAGCAGCUUCCCUCCUUCUGACACUCCCUCCGAGAGCCACACUUCCUCCUGUACCUUGCUUCCGAAGGCGGCUCCUUUCUAACCAUUCAAAGAAACCGGAGGAGAAGGAAUCCUGCGCAGGGGAAUCUGAUCAAGGCAACAAUGAACAUUGAACAUGAAAUCGGCCUUUUAGUUGAAGAGAUUCGGAGACUGGGGACCAAAAAUCCUGAUGGAACACUGAGUGUGAAGUUUGGUGUGCUCUUUGCUGAUGACAAAUGUGCCAACCUUUUUGAAGCUUUGGUGGGGACUCUUAAAGCUGCAAAACGAAGGAAGAUUGUUAGUUACCCUGGAGAGCUGCUUCUGCAAGGUGUUCAUGACAAUGUUGACAUUUUGUUACUGCAAGAAUAGCAUAGCUUUCUACGUUCGUUAUUUUUUCAGACAAAUGAAUAUACAGAAUUCUCAGACCAAGGCCAAGUUUGCAUGAACGUGUAUUUUGUUAUAUAUCUUUAUAAUGAAAAUGAAUGUACUUCUUUGGGGACCUAAGCCUUUCCUUUCCCUUCUAUCAUUUUGUGAAUGCAUUACUGCAAAUGAGUGUUGGAUAAAAUGAUAUAAUGAUCUCCCUUU